AACAAAAAGGGAAGCACAAGUAGGCAUAAAUCUCUGGAAGAUUUGUGCAUGUUCAUGAUUCUUCACGUUAACAUGAGUAAUUGACAAGUGAGUCUGCUUCCAUCCACAGAAACUCCUUGGCUUCAUACUCAUCACCAAUAUCUAUUAUAAAUAACUUAUACAACCAUUAGAGUCCUCAUUCAUUUCAAUCAAAGCCCUUGAACCCAUUCAAGUUCUUUAAGUUCUUCAAGUUCUUCAAGACUAUUGUCAAAAUGGCACCUCAUGGAGAAGCUAUUCCAAGGAGCAACAACUUCUCCAAGGCACCAAGGCUUUCAUCCAAUGCCCUCCAAAGAACAAUCUCAGACAUAUCCAUGGAGUUAGGGAAGGAGUUGGCUAUAACAUCGGAUACCAAACAGGAUGCGCUUCCACCGAUAUCUGAGAUCGAGGAUGCGCGGUGUGAGUGUUGUGGAAUGAGUGAGGAGUACACUCAAGAGUACAUCGAUCGGAUGCGAGACAAGUUCCUUGGGAAGUUGAUAUGCGGGCUAUGCUCUGAGGCUGUGGAAGGAGAGGUGGAGAAGCAUGGAGGGAGCAAAGAGGCGGCGUUGAACGCUCACAUGAGCGCCUGCGCAAGGUUCAACAAAUUGGGGAGGGCUUAUCCGGUGUUGUUUCAGGCUGAGGCAAUGAGAGAGAUGUUGAAGAAGAGUAGGAUGGAUGGGAGAGGUGGUCUUAGAGCUAAGUCUUUGAGUCCUAGAGACAAAGCUGCAGCAGCCCAAAAGAAAGGUGGGAUUGCUAGGAGUUCAAGUUGCAUUCCAGCCAUCAUAAGAACAGAGGAUCUCAACAAUCUCAAACUACAAAACUAAGUCAUUUUGCUUGAGAUCUCCUAAUUUUAGCCACUUUAGCUGCUCUUUUCAGUGUUCUUCAACACCUAGUUUCAUAGCCUGGUUUGAAAGGUCAUUUUUUCUAGGUGGGCUUCUUAAACAAGUCGGUAAACUUCUAGUUGAGUGUCAAUGAUGAAGGGUAUCUAUUCUGGGAAACUAUUGAUAUUAAGCUCUAGGCCAUCUUCAUUUCUAACCUAUAAACAGCAUGUAUCUAUAUGAAGCUUGUUCUAAUAAAAUAUGGUCUUUUAC